CAGGUUUUUAUUUAUUUAUAUUAUUAAAUAGAGAAAUCAAAGGCUCAAUUAAAUGUAUAUAUAUAUAUGUGCAGUGUAUAUAUUGUGUUAAGCUUGAUCAAGCAAGAAAACAAGAUGAGUAUGUCAGAAGAUGAAAAGCUUUCCCAAAUGAUCAAAGACUAUAUGGAAUUAGGUUCAACAAUAACAGAUUCUUGCUUUUUACCACCUCCCUCACAACUCCCUCUUCAACUUCAUCAUCAUCAUCAUCAUUCCAUAUAUUUCUCUUUACAAGAAAUCAUGGAGGAAACCCCAGAAGCUGAAGCUGAGGUUUAUGGCAAAAUCUUGCUGUACUUGAAAGAUAUGGAAUAUUCUAUGGACAAAGCCAUGAGCAAGCUCAAGAAACAUUGGAUUCUUUUGAGGCUGGAAAUGGAUAACUAUGAAGCCCAUCUCUGCAAAACAUCUUGGUCUACUCCUUUCCCCACUCCUUCAGUUUUCCAAUUCAAAGGUGAUUAUGAGUAUGUCGAUGUGAUGAUGAGGGAGAAGAUGAAUGGGUGCAAAGAGGAUAGGCUGAUAGUGGACAUAGACUUCAGGACACAGUUUGAACUGGCAAGGCCAACACCAGACUAUCAAGAACUCACAAAUGCACUUCCAUUGGUGUUUGUGGGGACUGAGGAGAAGCUGGAGAAGUUGAUCCCCUUGAUCUGCUCAGCAGCGAAACAGUCACUUAGAGAGAGGGGACUACACAUUCCUCCAUGGAGAAAGGCCAGUUACAUGCACUCCAAAUGGCUCUCUCCCAACUGCAAAAGGGUUUCUAUUUCAGAACUGAACCUCUCAACAUAUGUCCCCAAAAUCGGAAAUGCCUGUUUUCUUGAUUUUCUUCAAUUUCAGCAACUGCCCACAUACAUAUAAUUGUUCUUAUAUCUAUAUAUGGUUUUCUUUUGUAAUGUUAUGUAUAUUCUUUACUCUUUCUUUUGUUCUUGUAUUAGCCAUUUUGGUCAGAAUGUUGGCUAUGAGAUAAGUUAAGUUGACUUUUGUAUGAACUUAAAUCAAAUUGUGUUAAUU